AUGGCGACCAGAGCUCCCCUAACGCCGCCGGCAAAUGAGAAAGUGUCGUCCACCAGUCGGACCACGCGCGAGGGCAAGACGAUUACGUACCGGCUGAGUAUCAUCCAAGACCCUGAGCGCGCCAGAGCUUGCGGUGCAGGCGCCAAAUCUUCGGCCGACCGUCGUCCCGUGGAUCCUCCCCCGGUGGUUGAACUGCGGAUAUUCGAAUCCGACCCCAAUGAUGAACACCACAAGACCGAUAUCACGUUUGCCUACAACGCCAAUUUCUUCCUCUUCGCCACGCUAGAAGCAUCUCGUCCCAUUGCCCAGGGUAGACAUGCCCCGCCUCCGAGCUGUCCUGUCUUAACGGGAGUGCCGGUCGCCGGCAUCGCCUAUUUGGAUCGUCCCCAACAAGCCGGCUACUUCAUCUUCCCGGACCUCUCGGUGCGCCACGAGGGCUUCUAUCGAUUGAAUUUUCAUCUAUACGAGGAGACCAAGGACAGCAAGGAUAUGACGCAAGGGACCUCGAUACCGCAAUCGACGCCCAACGCGAACCCGGUGAAACCGGCGGCACCCAAGUCAUCCCUGGAUUUCCGGCUCGACGUUGUCUCGAAACAAUUCCAGGUUUACAGCGCCAAGAAGUUCCCCGGGCUGGCAACGAGCACCAACAUCAGCCGUGUCAUUGCGGAACAAGGCUGUCGCGUUCGGAUUAGACGUGACGUGCGCAUGAGACGCAGGGGCGACAAGCGUCCCGGGGAUUAUGACUACGACGAGGAGAGAAUGUAUCGAUCGUCUGACCGGUUUUCCACGCCUGACUCGUACACCGCCAACCCGGUGGAGCGUCCUCGAUCAACCAGUAUCAGCACCGUUGAUCCGGCAUUCUCCUACGGUCCUGGGAUUCAACGACGCCCGUCGGCAACGGAGUAUGGCUUCCAACCGGCUCAGUCGUACCCACGUCCCAUGGCCCCUGCCCCGACGCAAGCUUCUACCCCCACGCCCGUCGGGCCUCCACCUCCCUCUCACACCCCAACGUAUCCGUCGCAUCUGGCGUUUGGUUCUACGCAGACCCAAUAUCCGGCGCCUCAUCUACCUCGAAACCAACCCGUAACGACUCCCACGAAUGUGUAUUCCCCUCGUCCCUCGAUUUCGCAUGCCAGAAACCCAUCGAUCGGUACGGAAUACGACGGUGCCUCCAAUGGGUAUUCAUAUCCCCAGCCGCGGGUGCCGAACGAGCGCUCCGCGUAUCCCAAAACUGCUCUCCCUCCUCUUCGCCUCGAACUGCCUCCUUGCCCGGAACCUCCCAAGCCUCUCAAUGCGCAACGGUCUUCUGAGACCCGCUCGUCUGAUCCCAACGCAUACCAAUCCAUCAUACAACCCCCGGCUCCUCGAUCCCAGACCCCUCUCGCUCCGUCGCUGCCGCCACUCCGGUCUCUUUCCGGAGAAUACCCGCACAAUCCGACACAACCCCAAAAUGGGGUGGUUCAGAGCCCUGGCCCGGAUCUGGCGACCAAGAAGCUCCUGUGGGAAACCAACCAGAACGUAUCCAAGCGGAGCUACGGAGACACAUUUGGACACGAAGAGCGUCCCCUCUUCAACGGUAUGCGGCCAGACACGGAGAAUUACGCUCCCAGUCGCAGCUCGUCUGACGCAAGUCGGGUAUCGUUCUAUCACGAUCCGCGAGACGAGAUGGCAUAUAAGCGAGCCAACGGCAGGAUGGCUACCAAGAUUUCUCCCGCACUUCAAUAA